AUGAGUUUUGCAAAUAAAAUAGUUCUAAUAACUGGAGCUAGUACCGGUAUUGGCGCAACAACCGCUAUAUCGUUUGCUAAAGAAGGUGCUAAAGUAGUUAUAUUGGCUAGAAAUGAAUCUAAUCUGAAGAAAACCGCCGAUGAAAUUAAGAAAAUUGGAACUGCACCUUUAGUGAUCAAAGCGGAUAUAACUAAAGAUGAAGAUGCAAAACGCAGUAUUGACAACACAAUCGAUAAAUACGGCAAAUUAGAUGUACUAGUUAACAACGCUGGCAUACUAAAACUGGGUACGCUAUUAGACAAUAGUAUAAUGGCAACGUACGAUGAAACGAUGAACACUAACGUGCGUGCUAUGGUGAAUUUGACUAGCUUGGCUGCACCACAUCUUGUCAAGACAAAAGGUAAUAUUGUUAAUAUAUCAAGUAUCGCUGGAAUGAAACCACUUAUGGCAAUAGUUAAUGCGUACGGGAUAUCCAAAGCCGCUGUAAAUUACUUCACGCUUGGAGCAGCUCUAGAGCUAUCACCGCUUGGAGUCAGAGUAAAUACUAUCAGUCCAGGACUUGUCGGAACUGAUUUCACAGCUAAAGCAGGGAUAGACAUUCCUCUAGGAGAUUACAGUACUAAAUCGCUACUCAGUAGAUAUUCAACUUGUGAAGAAAUCGCCGAUUUGGUUCUUUACUUAGCCAGCGAUAAAGCUAAGGGUAUUACUGGUUCCAAUUACCUAAUUGAUAACGGUCUAUCUCUAAGUGUGGACUGA